AUGAAAGUGACAGAAAAGUCCAAAAUGAAAUGCAUUUCAAUAGUGAAAAAGGAGGAAUCUGAAGAUACAGGAAUUAAUGUUCCAAAGAAGACAAAGAUUGUUUUAAUUCUUGUUACUUGUUCUAUUGUUUUUGUUUCAAUUUGCGCAUUGAUUUUCUACAUCUUGUAUCGCAGGAAAAAGAGAAAUGAUGUGGAAAUGUUUAUGUCUGACUCCGUAUUAUCUAGUUCGCUUGAUGAACUAAUCAUUACCUAG